AUGUCUGCACAUUACAAUCUUCGAUCCCAACACUCUGCUGUUGUCAGCGUCGAGCCUACCAUUCCUGGAAGUUUAGCUGAGUCCCCCCUAACUGAGGAACAAACUCACCACUCCCCGAUACCACCUCCAACUGAGAGAUCUGUCUCUCGGGUGGAGUCCAUUCUCAGACCUGUCCGCUCCUAUAGCGACGUGGUACGAACGAGGUCCGUCUCCCCCCAGCCUGGCACUGGAGGGCGUUCGGCUAGUGUUAAUAGCGCUAUGGUUAGUCACCGUGAUAAGACAUUGGCAGUAAAACCUACCGACCGACCAUCUGAGAACCCCUUCCUGACAUCCAGCGAAUCUGAGAAUGAGUCAGCAAGGGGAAACGAGCCAUGGACGACAGUAGAUCGUCGUCCUCGCAUGAAGGCUGAUAAAUCUAGAAAGAACACUCAGCUAAUAGAACCAGACCCAGUAAUAGAAGCUGAAAAGCAACUCACUGAGGAAGAAAGGAGCCGUAUCCUCAACAGGAGACGUGCUGAGGAGAAGGCUCGGUCCCAAGAGCUUCCUCCUUCAACCCGGGGCGAGGGACCAUCCAAGGGAAAAGGGGUCGACCCAAGGAAUUGGGGCGACCUUGACAUUGAGGAAUCUGAGCUCGAUAUGGAUGUGCAAUAUGAGGCAUUGCACACCUGGGCUCAGACCCGCGAGUGGGCAGACCAGGGACCUGAACCCCAGCCUGCCAAUGACCCAGGCCCUGAUCCAGAAAUCGGGACUGAGAACGCGAUCCAGGCAGCGGUGAGAGCCGUGGAGGAACGGGUGAGCCAACAUUUUGAGGCUCGGUUGCAAGCCCUCCAAGACGAGUUGGAAUGUCAAAGGCGGGACAACAGGGUGAACCCUGAAGUCCCAAAGGAUAAGAAAUCUAAGAAAGUAAGGGUGAGCACCAACCAGGUUAAGGAAAUGGUGGAGAACAUAGUGAAUAGACCCACCAGAAAGCGUGACAAUCGAGCCACGCCGCCAGCGGUGGAUGCAGCAGCUCAGAUAGCUCGAAAGAGCUAUCUUGGCAGGGCGUUUGAUAAGAUCAAGGAAGGAAGGAGGAGACACACCUUACGGGAGGACGACUCCUCCGAAAAUGCAUCCUUGAGCUCGUCCAGCUCGGACGAGUCAAGUUCCUCAUCGGAUUCGUCAUCCGAAUCCUCCACUAGCAGUGACUCGAGUUCGUACGUGAGAAAAGCUAAAUCUAAAAAGCAUAGUAAGAAGAAGAAAGGGAAAACGACAAGGAAGGGAAGAAAUACCUUGAAACUGGUCCCGCCCACGGAAUACGACGGGACAGCCGAUUCUAGAGUGUUUCAUCGGUUCAUGACUGAAGGGAAAGCGUACCUGGAGGACAGCAAUGUUUCCAGGUCCAAACAGGUGCGUGUACUGGCCAGGUACUUGAAGGGCAAAGCACACGAGUUCUAUACGAGGCAGGUGUCAGAUAAACCGGAAGAAUGGAGACUAAGUGAGUUUCUUACUGAGUUGUUCAACUAUUGCUUCCCACUCGACUAUCGUUUGAGGCAGCGGAAAAAAAACUGUACUGCUGCUACCAGGGCGAUAAGAGAGUAA